GAGUAUCCCGAGUGCAUUCUCACAGGCAUGCUCAUUGAAAUGGAUGGUGAUUUAUCGAGAACGCAGUAUUCCCUUAUGCCUUUUAUUGACCCAAUCACCAAUAACAUCCACACAGUUUAAAAUGAACUCGUAUGCACAGCAUCUGAUUCCCGUCCUAUAGCACUGUCCUUCUCUUCUCUCUACUGAGCCUUCCCACGAAGGGUGCUGCCACUAAAUUACCAGCCCGCCGCGAAAACGUCGGAGACAUAAAUAACACUAACUGCUGCGUAAGCGGGCAUGCAAGCGAUGACUAUCGGCGGCAUAUCAGUAGCUAUGCAGUCAAUGAUUGAUCCCGAAGUACAUCAGCAUGCACAGAUGAGCUUACUCUCAUAUAUACAGGCUAUGAUCCUCAUUACACCUUAUAUCUACCCAGGCUACAGCACAGUGUCAGCGCAUUGCAGAUAUAUGAGUUCCUUGAAAGAUUGGAUUCGUUAUCCUCAGAUAGCUGAGAUAUACAGCCUACCUACAAAGUGAUGCUCUCAUCAAGGCAUGCCAUAAGAAAUACAGCAAGAAAGAAAACAUGGAAGCGGAACAGCAAAAGAUUGUCGACAAUCCCACUGCUAAUACGGGACUGAUAUUUGAAUCUUACACCAUCAAAGAGUCCAAUGAAACUCGCCAAGUACUCCUUUAGACAGUGAGCAUCUCUACUACGCGAUUGAUGCCCGAAUCAUUGGUAGCACACGUCUCAUUGAAGGCCCCAAUGAAACACACCCAAAAAAAUGAUGCUGCCUACUCUAUCACGCGGGCACCCGUGGAUCCCUAUGAGAUUGAUACAAGACUCCCAAGUAUGUGAGAGGUCAAAUCCAAUGGCUGUAUGAUUAUCAAACAAAGGAGGGGGGAAAAUGCACGAAAAUAAAUGAAAAAAAGAUGAAAAAAAUGAAAAAAUGAUUCCCGACCGUCUCUUCACACAUCAUAGAAAUCGCCCAAUAGCCCUUCAGACAACAUAUCCCGAGAUCACCAAUAAUGACGCUAUCUACUGGUCCGCAUCUCACAUGAAGAACUGAUACAGGAUUCAUGAACUUGGCCAAGUAACCACAGGCCCAUCGUUCAGCAGCGGAAAGAUCUUCAGACAGCAGAUGCUCGUUGCUCAUUCAUCCAAGCGGCACAAUCAAUUGUGUGCGAACUUCACCUUCCACAUGCAUAGAGCGCCAUCAACACACACACCCACAUGACAUCACAUCACAUCACAUCACACAAUGAUGAGUGCACAGCUUAGACAAGGGAAAGAAGAAGAAGAGGAGGAGGAAGAAGAAGAGGAGGAGGAAGAAGAAGAGGAGGAGGAGGAGGAGGAGGAAAAAGAAGAAGAGGAGAAAGAUAUGGUGGGAGAAGAGGAGGAGGAGGAAGAAGGAGAAGAGGACGAGGAGGACGAGGAGGACAAAGAUACGGCAGUCCUGCAAGAAAAGAACGAAGAGGAGCAGGAGAAGGAGGAGAACGAUAUGGCGGGAGAAGAGGAGGAGGAGGAGAAAGAAACGGCAGCUCUGACAAAAAAAAGAAAACAAAAAACAGGACGAGGAGGAGGAAGAAGAAGAAAAGGAGGAGGAGGAGGAGAAGAAGAAGACGAAGAGGAGGAAGAAGAAGACGAGGAGGAGGAGGAGGAAGAAGAAGAAGAGGAGAAAGAUCUGGCGGGAGAAGUGGAGGAGGAGGAGGAGGAGGACGAAGAGGAAGAGGGGGAGGAGAAGGAGGAGGAUAAAGAUAUGGCACGUCCGCGAAAAAAAAUAAAAAAACGUGUGCCACGUGGCACCUGUUCAGAGGAGGGGGAGGAGGAUGAAGAAGAAGAGGAGGACGACGAAGAAGAGGAGGAGGUGGAAGGAGGAGGAAGAAGAAGAAGAGGAGGAAGAAGAAGAGGAGGACGAGGAGGAGGAGGAAGAAGAGAAGGAAGAAGAGAAGGAAGAAGAAGAAGAGGAGGAGGAGGACGAAGAAGUGGAGGAGGACUAGGAAGAGCAGGAGCAGGACUACAUGUAGGAAGAGCAGGAGGAAGAGGAGGACAAAGAUAUGGUGGGUCUGAAAGAAAAAAAAACGUGCCACGUGGAAACUGUUCAGAGGAGGAGAAAGAAGAAGAAGAGGAGGAGGAGGAGGAGGAGGAGGAGGAGGAGGAAGAAGAAGAGGAAGAGGAGAAAGGUAUGGCGGGAGAAGAAGAGGAGGACGAGGAGGAGAAAGAUAUGGCGGGGUGGCGAAAACAAAAAAACAAGCGAGGAGGAAGUCGCACCUGUUGAGAGGAGGAGGAGGAAAAAAAAGAAGAACAGGAGGAGAAAGAAGAAGAACAGGAGGAGGAGAAAAAAAAAGAACAGGAGGAGGAGAAAGAAGAAGAACAAGAGGAGGAGGAGGACGACGACAAUAAGAAUAGAAGGAGGAAGAAGUGGAGGGCGAUGACGAGGAGGUGAGGAGGAGGGCGAUGACGAGUAGGUCAGGAGGAGAGCGAUGAUUAUUUUUUGUUCUGUAGGGUAGAACUUUCCUCUUCUCUUUUGCAAUUUGUUGUCUUGGCUUACAUGUCUGGUAUGUAGGAUUUUCCCUUUCAUGUGUGUCCUCUUUAUGGCUCCUUGGUGUUUGGGGUUUUGACAUGCCUGUUCCUAGGUUAAGGGUGGUGUUUGGUUAGAUAUAUCUUGCUCGAACAAAAUGGCUUUUGUCUC